AUGUUCUCGCCUUCCAACUGGCGGGAGGUGGUGGAUGAGGUGCAGGCCCUGGACGCCAUUUAUGGCACCGACUUCCGGGUGCAGUCUCUCACCCGCCCUGGGUGGGGUGACGCCGCGUGCACCCAUGGGCUCAGCUUGGAGGAGCUGAUGCAGAUGGAGGACCCGGGCCCCGGUGCCACCUGGUCCCUGGCCUGCGCCUACUUACCCCCCCUGGGACUGCGCCUGACCCUGCACGAGGCCUACCCCGGCCUCGCCCCGCCCCGGCUGGCGCUGGAGGCGUCCUGGCUCGCCGCACCGCUGGCGGCCAAGCUGGCCGCGGCGCUGGAGGCCCUGUGGCAUGCCGACCUGGCCACCCAGCCGGCGGGCUACGCCUGGGCGGAGUGGCUGCGCGAGGGAGUCCUGGAUCGGAUGGGCGCGGGGUCCGGGGCGCUCAGGCUGCAGUACUUACCCCCCCUGGUACUGCGCCUGACCCUGCACGAGGCCUACCCCGGCCUCGCCCCGCCCCGGCUGGCGCUGGAGGCGUCCUGGCUCGCCGCACCGCUGGCGGCCAAGCUGGCCGCGGCGCUGGAGGCCCUGUGGCAUGCCGACCUGGCCACCCAGCCGGCGGGCUACGCCUGGGCGGAGUGGCUGCGCGAGGGAGUCCUGGAGUCGGAUGGGCGCGGGGUGCGCGACGAGGACGAGGCGCAGACGCUGCUGGCCAACCUGCUGAGGCACGACGCGGGGUGCCGCGCGCGCGCCUGGCUGGCCGUCUCCCACCCCUGUGGCAUCUGCCUGGAGGACCUGCCCGGCCCCGCCUUCAGCCGCCUCGCCUGCGGCCACGCCUUCUGCUCGCCGUGCCUGGGCGCCGCGGCGGAGCUGGCGCCCUGCCCGCGCUGCGGCGUGGCCUGCCAGCGCGACGAGGGCUGCAACAAGAUGACCUGCGGCGCCUGCGGCGCCUUCUUCUGCUACCGCUGCGGCCGCGCCAUCUCGGGCUACCGCCACUUUGGUGACGGCUUCUGCGUGCUCUUUGACGAGGCCGAGAUCCUGCGCUGGGAGGAGGACUGGGAAGCGCGCGUCGCCGUGCACCGCGCCGAGCAGGGCGGGGGGGAAGGCUGCGGGCAGUUCAUCGAGAAGCAGGGCGGCAACAACCACAUGCUGUGCUGGUCCUGCACCAGCCACUUCUGCUACCUCUGCCGCCGCCUGCUCCUGCGCCGCGGGGAGGGCGCCACGCACUUUGGGCCCAGCGGGUGUCGCCAGCACAGCGCCGACUGA